AAAUGAUUUUCCAAAACAUUACGAAGCCGUUUCAGAUCUGCACAUGAUAAUAUACGCUCUCCGUUGGCACAGUCACGAUUAGAACUUAUGCUAGGUCAUGUAGGUAUGGUCGUUAAAUGUGGUUGAAAAAAUACAGGCCAACUAUCAGUUUCCAAGUACAAUUAACAUGAUGGAUAAAUUAGUAUCUAUCUCCGGGUGGCGAAGUCAUCCUGUGGCUGUAUAAACAAUAAUCAGUAAACACUAGGGUUCAAGGGGUCACUACACUGGCACACAGUGAUACACAUAUAUUACGCAGUAGGAGCUUGUGACAUGGAAGCAGAGCGAAGGCAGCCUAAACGGAGUCGACUUGACUUGUCUAAUCAUGGUCACAAAGAAAAAGACAUCGAUAUCCAGUCUCAAGUCGACAGUCUGUUCGGCAAGAAAUUUGUAUUUAACGGAGGGGAGUGGAGUCUUCCACCUUCAAGCAUCCUGUUUACAAGUGCAGUUUGGCAGAUCGAGGCACUGCAGACGAUGAAGCGAGAAUUGAACGAACUAAAGGACAGACUGAGUGACAAGGACAUCAUUGAGUGGGGCUCUCACACAGCUCAGACGAACAAGGCCGGGGCGGUUCUAUGGCACCUGAGAAAAUACUUCAGAGCUGAGCUCUGCACGCAGGCGUGGGCGAAGCUUCACGAGAUCCUGUGCGGUUUCCCGCUUGUGCCACGUGGUGGCGCCUUCAACUCGCUGCACCUAUGUGAAGCACCAGGAGCAUUCGUCACCAGCCUGAACCACUACGUGCGGACGAGGGCUGUGCCAGUGGAAUGGACCUGGCUCGCUACAACACUCAACCCGUUCUACGAGGGAAACAAGAUCGGGUGCAUGAUCGAUGAUGACAGGUCCUUGAUGAUUCACACACUAGAUAACUGGUACUUUGGGAAGGAUAACACUGGUGAUGUGAUGAGCGAAGAGAACCUUGCUGGUCUGAUAAAUCAUGUCAAGAGUGGCGUGGGAGGCAUUCAUCUAGUGACAGCAGAUGGCAGCAUCAACUGUCAGCAUGAUCCUGCCGAGCAGGAGCACAUUGUGUCGCCGCUGCACUUCUGUGAGGUCGUCACUGCACUUCAUCUACUGGUGCCCUCUGGUGGCUUGGUCGUGAAGCUGUUUACCAUGUUUGAGCAUGCCUCUGUAUGCCUGUUGUACUUGCUCUGCAAUGUGUUUCAAAAGGUUUCAGUAGUGAAGCCUGCCACGAGCAAGGCGGGAAACUCGGAGGUGUAUGUCGUAUGUCUCAGUUACGAGCCCCCAGAGCAGUUCAGCACGUUCCUGGAGGCAUUGCGUGCAAAGUUUGGGCCGGAUUCAACCGCGGAACCGAUGUUUCCGUUGUCUGCGCUCCCCGAGGGGUUCCUCUCGCAGGUUAUCGACUGCUGCACUCUGUUCACCUCGCACCAGAUCAAGGAAAUCUCCAGGAAUCUGCGCCUGUUCCGGAAUCCGGAGGCGGAUGAGAGCAGGGAGAGCUUGGAGGCAGUGCGUCACGGCGUGGCUUCGCGAUUCAUCGUCGAGCAGCAGCUGAUGCCGAUGACUGAUGCUCAGCGCGUCGUCCCUCACCUGAACCAGAGGAUACAAGAGUUCGGGUGCAGCUACCAGAGCAAGGGUAAGCGUCUGCUCACAGGGACCUAUCGAGAGAGACUGGGAAAGCAGAGUUUGUGGAGAGAAACGGCCAGCCAGUUGGUGAGAGGUCUGGAGGGAAAGGAGCAGCAAGAUCUCUGGUACUGGCUGCAGCCGCCAUGCAGGGAUCUAGGGGAGACAGACUUGGAGCUGGUGACAGGAAGGCAGCUUACACGUGUGGUCAGCACAAAGUUCUGCGAUCCUGUGCUUAUAGAGCUCCUGGACGACGCACUGUCUAAUUCAGCAGCAUCGCAGACAGCCGUCGACAGUGGUUCGUGGAUUCCAGAGUUUGCUAGCAGUUUAUGCCAAGCUUUGCUACUGAGCACCCCCGACUGUGUGGAGCUGAACUAUGCACUGCAUGCAGGUGGGGGGAAGGCAGACACGAUGUUUCUAACGAAACUGAAACAGGAAUUGGGAAAACUUGUAAAGCUACGUAGUGACAGAAACCAAGCUGUCGAAACUGGAGUCAAAACGUGUAGCAAGAAGCCGGGGGAAGGCUGUGGAACUGCCGUCUCAUUCGAUCUGUCACCGGCCGAAGCCGUGGCUGGUGACACUCCGGCAGCAACCGACGUAUCUGCUGCGAAGUUAACCCGUUAUUGCGACGAUCCAGGUGGCUGCCACAGCGAUGGGAAGGCUAGCGUGAAGCCUUACCUGUUGCUUAGAGACGUGACCAGUGACGCUAAGGUGACGGGGGAGGUGGAUGCAAUGGACACGCUCCUCAAGUGCGCACUGAAUGCUGUCGAGGUGUUGCCACCAGGUGGUGCCAUGGUACUGUGUAUGUAUGACAUGCUCACCAGAAUGAAUGUUGGAAUGCUGUAUAUUUUUCAACACAUUUUCGAAAAGGUCGGCGUGUACAAACCAGUGGCGACAUCUGUUGGCGGCUCCCGCGUGCUGGUAUGCGCCGGCUACCGUGGCUGCCCAGGAUACCUACUCCACCACAUGCAGGCAGCUGCUGUUCUGACCUCGCAGCUAACUCAAGGGCACCAAGUACUGCAGUUGGUGGCCAUGAGUUGUCUACUAGAGAAAUACUUUUACAAUUUCGUCUGCGACAUGAACGAUAAUAUAUUGCUGAGACGCCUCCAGGCUUUGAUGGCAGACGACCUGCAGACCUGUUGACAAAAAAAACGUAGAGCAAGUUAGGUAAUGAAGAGCCACUCUUGCCCUAGUAAAAUGUAUUUAUCAUUAUUUAUCAACCUAGUAGAAAUUAAUGUGUCAUUAUUUUACUGUAAAACAACAGCAAUAUAAUGUCUCGUACAAAGGAAGGUAUCACACAUCAUCGUGAAUAUUAGUAAAUGUAAAGCCAGUUGCUUCAUGGUGUAGAUCUAGUAAUCUUAGUGAACAUAUGCUCAGCUUCCUGCGUAUUAGUGAAACUUGGACAUCGAUGAUUUAGCAUGUCAUAGUUGUCUUGCUACAACAUUCAUUGCAUGUAAAUAUAUAGUGAAAGUUUUACUUGCUAGUUUUCACGUGGUCAAAAAAUAUGCUUAGAUAUUGGAUAUAUAUAGCAUAAAUAUUGUAAAUAAUUGAAUUAGAAAAAAUACUUUUUAUUUGUUGUUUCUACAACCGAUUUUUUGGUAAAAUAAUGUGUUUGUUCUUGUAUGUAUAUGUGCAAUAGAAAUAGAUGCAGAC